CUACUAUUGCUGACCCUGCAAGCUGUCGAUUCAAUAGCAACAUUAGCCACUCCCAGUUAACCUCAAAAUUUCAAUUUUCCUAAAUAUAAAAAAAUGACCAUUUUAAGGCGAAUAUCCAGACAAAUUGUGAAAAAUUCGCGAAAAUAUUCUUCAGAAAAGUCUUCUCCAGAGCCCAAGUACCCCACCAGGGUCUUUUCUGGCAUUCAGCCCACAGGUUCGAUACAUUUAGGUAACUAUUUAGGAGCUAUUUCGCAAUGGGUCCAACUGCAAAACCAAAAUAAAGACCUUAUAUUGAGCAUAGUUGAUUUACAUUCGAUCACAUUGCCGCACGAGCCGAAAAAACUUUCCAGAAACAUACUGGAACUAACGGCCACUUUACUUGCUUGCGGUAUUGAUCCUAAUAAAGCAAUUUUGUUUCAACAGUCAAAAGUCUCGGCACAUGCCGAGCUUUGUUGGUGUUUGGGAUGCAUUUCCACUAUGGCACGAUUAGCACACUUGCCUCAGUACAAAGAGAAGUCUGAAAAUUUAAAAAAUAUACCUCUAGGUUUGUUUGUUUAUCCAGUACUUCAGGCUGCCGAUAUAUUAUCUUAUAAGGCAACUCAUAUCCCGGUGGGUGAGGAUCAGGUGCAGCAAAUCCAACUGUGCCAAGAACUAGCAAGGAUUUUCAAUGGGAGGUUUGGAGAAACCUUUCCUAUCCCUCGCUCUCUUAUAACAUCAAGCGAAUAUGGUAGGGUAAGGAGCUUGAGAGACCCAUCAAAGAAAAUGUCCAAGUCGGAUCCUGAUGAGAAAAGCAGAAUUUGCAUGACUGACAUGCCAGAUACUAUUGCUAGGAAUAUUAAAAAAGCUGUCACAGAUUUCACUUCUGAAGUUACUUUUGACCCAGUAAAUCGACCAGGAGUUUCAAACUUAAUCAGCAUUCACUCAUUUGUCAGUGGUAAGAGUGUCAAUGAUAUUUGUCAAGAGGUUCAAGGCAUAGAUACAGGAAAAUACAAAUUUGUGGUAGCAGACGCAGUAAUUUCAUAUGUAAAACCAAUUCAAGAGAAAAUUGGGCAUUAUUUGAACGACGUGGGGUAUUUAUAUGGGGUGCUGGAAGAAGGGAACGCUAAAGCGGCCCAAAUUGCUAAUGUCACUUUAAAGGAGGUUCAUGAGAAGUUGGGAAUGACCGUGGAAGGUAGAAAAAGGGAUGAUAUUGUUGCCAAAUGUGUUUGAUAGGUUGGAAAGGAUUAUUAAUUUAUAGCAAAUGUCCUGGUUUAGGUUAAGUUAAAACAAAAAAACAGUUAUACAGUUAAAUCUCUAAUAUAUGGACAAUACAAAAAAAACA